AAGUUCUUUGUUUACAGUUUACGAAUUGUGUUAGAUUUUAUUAAUCUCAAGAAUUCUAACAUCGAAAGCAACUUAUUUUUAAUGGGAAUCACUUCAAAUUCACUCGGACACAUCGCCUGAUUGAUCAAAAUUAGGGUUCCAAAUUUUGAUAGUACUGAUACUUUUCUACUCUUGAUUUUUGGGAGUUUAGGAAAUUGGAUUUGUGAUUCUCUAUAAUUGGAUUUAUACUCGGCUUUUGUCCGAUUUGUUUAAGCUGAAUUUCCAUUCUAUUUUCUUGGAAGAAUAUGGCAAGUCCGGAGAGGAUUCAAAGCAAAGGGCGUUUCUUCGCGGCCAUGACGUCGGGACUGUCGUUGUUCAGCAACGCUAUGCAUAGAUCUGUCAACGGAUUACUUCGCUAUGAAGGGGUGGAAGUUAUAAAUCCAGAAGGAGAAAAAGAAAAUGCCGAAGAGGAAGAGCAGAGAGCGAGAUGGAAGCAGGAGCUUAUUUCCUAUGGAGAAGCUUCUGGAGAACAAAUCAAGGAUCUUCUCAGGAAAAAAAGCUUCAAGGAAGCCAUCACCUUAGUUGAUGAGCUUGCGAAUGAAGGUGCUAUGACAAAGGAGAUGCUAUCUUUCAUCCAUGCCCAGGUCGGAUUCCUCUUGCUCUUUGACUUGCAGUUCAAGGAAGCAGUAGAUCACUUCUUGCUUUCAGAAAACAUGCAGCCUUCUGAACUUUUUCCAUUCAUCAUGCGGGACCCAAAUCGCUGGACCCUGCUGGCACCAAGGAAACGGUAUUGGGGCUUGCAUCCUCCUCCAACACAUCUCGAGAAUGUAAUAGAUGAUGGAUUGGCAGCUAUUCAAAGAGCUGUCUUUCUUAAGAAAGCAGGUGUGGACACUGCUGUCAGUGAGGAGUUUCUUCUAAAUCCACCUAGUAGAGCUGAUCUGUUAGAGUCCGCCAUAGAAAAUAUGAUAAGAUAUUUGCAAGCAUGUCGUGAAAGAGAUCUGGCUGUCUCAGUGAGGGAGGGAGUUGACACCCUUCUGAUGUACCUGUAUAGAGCUCUCAAUCGUGUUGAAGACAUGGAAAGACUUGCAUCUUCUGAGAAUAACUGUAUAGUGGAGGAGCUAGAAGCACUACUCACUGAUUCUGGGCAUUUACGCACACUUGCUUUGUUGUAUGCUGGUAAGGGGAUGAGUGCCCAGGCUCUUUCUAUUUGGCGGAUAUUGGCGAUGAAUUAUUUAUCAAGCAGCUCUCAUAAAGAUCAAUUUGAGGAAACUGAUUUACAAGAUUCCUCUAGAAAGUUUAGUUUUGGUCAAGAGACUGCUGCAAUAGAGGCAACUAAAAUUCUUGAAGAGUCUUCUGACCAAGAACUGGUACUUCAACACCUUGGAUGGAUUGCAGAUAUCAACCAGGUGCUUGCGGUCCAAAUUCUGAUAUCAGAGAAAAGAACCAAUUUACUAUCACCAGAUGAAGUAAUUGCUGCCAUUGAUCCCAAAAAAGUGGAAAUUCUUCAAAGAUAUCUCCAAUGGUUGAUUGAAGACCAAGACUCUGACGAUACACAGUUCCAUACAGCAUACGCACUCUUGCUUGCUAAGUCAGCACUUGCAACUUCUGAGCUGGAGCUUUCAACACAAGAUUCUGCGGGUGGAAUGCCACAAAAUGAAAUUGAAGUUUCUGAACUUGGAAGGAGCUCGAUUUUCGCUAGUCCUGUUAGGGCAAGAUUCCAGACCGCUAUUCUUUAUAGGAGGCUUGGUCAAGAGACACUAGUGCUUCAGAUUUUGGCCUUGAAAUUGGAGAACUUGGAGGCUGCUGAGCAAUAUUGUUCAGAGAUUGGUAGACCAGAUGCUUAUAUGCAGUUACUUGAGAUGUAUUUAGACCCUAAGGAUGGCAGAGAGCCCAUGCUUAAAGCAGCUGUCCGUCUUCUCCAUAAUCAUGGGGAAAUGCUAGAUCCCUUGCAAGUGUUGCAGAAAUUCUCUCCAGAUACACCCCUCCAGGUUGCCUCAGACACAAUAUUAAGGAUAUUACGAGCUCGACAACAUCACCACCGUAAAGGGCAAAUUAUGCAUAAUCUAUCUCGCGCCUUGGACAUUGAUGCAAGCUUGGCGAGAUUGGAACAAAGGUCUCGCCAUGUGCAGAUUAAUGAUGAAAGCAUUUGUGAUUCUUGCCAUGCUCGUCUUGGUACUAAACUAUUUGCAAUGUACCCGGAUGAUGCCAUUGUUUGUUACAAGUGCUUUCGUCGUCAAGGUGAAUCCACUUCUGUCAGCGGUCGUGAUUUCAAGAAAGAAAUAUUAGUUAAUCCUGGCUGGCUGGUUACUCGAUGACAGUGCGCAACAUGUAUUUGAAAGUCUGGUUUUGGUUAGAAUGGAAAAUCUGAUAAUGAUGAUUUCAGUCCUGGAAAGUAUGUGGUUGUUAAGAAGUCGAGUUCUCAUCUUUGAUCGAGUCAAUAGAUGUGUUGAAUCUAUUUUCCAUCAGAUGCAUACAGAUGGAAUCUUGUCAUGCUCCUUACCGUGCGAGCAGUUUGAUGGAUCUGAGACGACUCGUGAAAUAGAGAAUAUGUUGAUUGAAAACCAUGGGUCCCAACCACAAUAUUCUGUGCCUGAGCUCACUGAAAAGAACUUCUGGCGAACUUUUAACCAUGGUCUUUAUGAGCAUUGCAGGUGGAAGUAUGGAGCACUUGUUAACAGGAGUGUGUGCAUUAUGAAUCAAAGAAUGGUAGAAAAAUUAAAAACUGAAGUAGUUCAUGAAAGGGAGCUGCGCAUUCUUGAGAUGGCGAAGCGGAUUAGCCGGGGGAAUGCUCUCCAUGGUUUUUGCUAGGAUCGGCUUACUGACCUUCUUUUUCUCUGAGUUGCUUAUGAUAUUGACAUCCAUUUGUUUACUCACACUGUCC